UUCUGGAUAAUUCGUUUACAAAGAGUAAUUUGUAAAUCAAAAUCAAAUUUCUUGUAUGACCAGAGAAAAUUCUAUGUGUUAAGAGUAUAAGAACGGAUUAAAGAGUUGCCUUUCUGGCCAAAGAUUAUGAAUCUUGUUCUAAGGGAGCUUCAGUAUUCAGGUAGAUGAUGGUACUGUGGUACAUCACACUCUAUUUUGGUGUAAUUCUCAACACCGUUGAAUCUCAAAUUUUCCAGUAUUUCAUCGUCAACUCGAACGAUGCAACUGCCAAGGUGAUAGACACAGUGAAAUUGCCAACGUGCACCCAUAUCGACCAGAAAAAGAACGUCACCCUAAGGGGUGGAAUAACAUCAGGGAAGUUUACCAAGCAUGGUAUAGUCAAAAGUCUACAAACAUGCAUUGAUGCGUGUUGCCAGGACCCAGCUUGCAACGUAGCCUUCAUGCCGGGUCGUAUAUGCUACACAGUGCAAUGUUUUUCUGAAAAACUCUGCGAAAGCAUCCCAGCAAACCCUUCGCAAGCAGCUAAUGGUAGCGUGCAGAUAUCCCAUAUUGUUAGAGGCGGUGGCACGGGUGAUGACGUCGACGAGUUCAGAACAAAAUUUGGCAUCAAUAAAAAUCGAUCAAAGAAAAAAGAUGUCUGCGUUCCAAGCCGUGUUGCCUAUAACUAUACUCUAGCAGGUGGACGCUUUGCAGGAGAAAUGAUGGACCUUGGGCCUGUUGUUGAUCCAAAGGACUGCGCGCAGAAAUGCUGCGAUCAUGUAUCAUGCGAAGUAGUGCAGAUUUCCCGCGGGAGAUGUUUUGCUUUUGGCUGUUAUACAAAGGAAUUGUGCCAGAGUAAAAGAAUUGAAGGGAAUCCAACGAAUGACUCAACCUUGAUAUAUAUGAAUAAGAGGAAUGAUGCACGGCAAAGUGACAAAGAUUCCUGCGUUUUACCCUGUGUUCAUGGCCUUUGCACUCGCAGUGACACAUGCAUGUGUGAUCCUGGUUUCAGUGGGCCCAGCUGCAAUCAAACCGAGACUGAAGGAAGUUGCGACCCUCCUUGUGGAGAACAUGGCAUCUGCCUUUUCAACGACACAUGCAGCUGUGAUGAAGAAUAUACUGGCUAUAAAUGCGAUAAGAAAGUUACAUGCACAAGCCCUUGCUUUCAUGGUACUUGUAUACGAAACAACGAGGGAACCACAUCGUGUAGAUGUGAAGAUACAUGGGAAGGUCCAUUUUGCAAUGAGACCAACUCAGAUAAGGUGGUUCUGGCCUCUUCUGGGGAGGAAGUCUUGUUUACAGAUGUUAAUCCUGAGGCGGAGAUGGAUAUCAAGAUUCAUGAUUCCCCAAUGGUCAAAGACACUGAAUCGAUUUCUGCGUUGACAGUUGCAAUUGGAUGUGGUUUGGCAGCUGCUCUUGUAGGCACUGCAGCAAUCGUGUUUAUCGUGCGACAAAUAUUUGGUAAACGCACUGUCAGCAGUUACGAACUACUAGGAGACCCUAUGCAUAAGUAUCAUUAGUAACACACGUGUGCAAUAUCUAAAACGCACCAUUGUAUAUUAAAGUGUAAAAGGGAGUGUGUACCGGCCUUCAGAAGCAGUAGUAGUUUUAAACUCAUCGGAGCAAAAUGGCCUCGCCAUUGGAUGACAGUAUCCAAAAAAUAGCAUUCUGUUCAAAGAAUUUGAAGAUUUUGAUGAAAGAGUUCCAAGAAUUCUGUUCCACAUCACGUGGUGUGAAUAAAACUAGAACAUUAGGGCCAGGUUUUUUAGGUGCCUAAAGCUAACGAGAUGCCCACAGUCAAGGGCAUAGUUUCUAAGCAUACAUGUCAUCUAUCCUUUAUUUAAUAUUUGAGAAUCGAUAUUUUUUGCUAAUGUAUCAAUGCUUAAAUCACUACGCUAUCUUUCCACUCUUGUAGUCUUCAAAACAACUGCGAAUAAAGCAUAUCCCAAAUUCACGCAUAUCCCAAAUUCUCAGAAAAAUCACAAUUUCGAAGAAAAGUUUUUAGUUUUUAAAGCAUAAUGUUGUAGUGAAUUUUCGUUUCCCUUUUUGUAAGCUUAGUUUAAUAUAUCUCCUGAAAUCAUAAAAAUGUGGGCCGCUGACAAAUUAUGCUUUAACAAAGAUUUUGGAGAGCUUAUUAACGGGACAGUGCAUCCUCAUUUAUCUGAACCUCGACCCGAACCUCGUUUAUCAAAACCUCGUUUAUCAGAGCCUCGUUUAUUCAAACCUUGUGUAUGCGAGCCUUAUUUAUCAGAACCUCGUUUAUCCGAACACCGUUUUAGGUGUGAUGUUUUGUAUCCGCAUCUUUCUUUAUUUGGAAGAAUACUAAUCAAAUUGAGCUAAUCUCCAAUCAAAUUCGAACCCUAGAAUGAAUCCAGGAAGUUUCAAAAGCAGCUAAAUGAGUUUAACUUCUUGAAAUCUCUGUUAGAAAAUCUGCCUGUGAUACCAAUGAACGUGUGUGUCAGUUAUUAUCUGAGCAACAUAUACAACAUCAAAACAAGGAUAUAUGUCUUAUGUUAAAGUUGCUAUGCCAAUAGAAUCAAUGAAAGCUAAAAUGGCAUUUUAACUUUUUCUCAUGUCUUGUGCAUGAUUUUUUUCUGAGCAUAAUCUUAUUCUCGCUCAUUCGAACUUUCGGCUUGUCCGAACGGCUCUUCUCAGGGUUCAGUCCAGGCUGUUCGGAUAAACGAGGGUGCACUGUCUUAGGAAGAAAUCUUAUUAUUCAAUAUAAGCGUGGAAAAAGCCUACAGCUCAGUAUAAAAGGCAUGCUCAUCAAGAAAUGGCUGAUAACUAUUUGCUUUAAUGCAAGUUGAAGAAAAUUGUACAUAGAGUAAUAACGAACUUAAAAUUCAAACUUUGAUAGCAUAACUGAAAGAUUAAACUAUAAAAUAAACAA